CUAGCUUUGGUUGUAGUAGAGCAACCACGUCGAUCACCAGGGAAAGAUGCAGCGAAGGAGAGAUUUCUCGUUGCGGAGGGUGUCACCGAGGUCUCCGGCUGUGAUUCUGGCGACGGCAACAGCCUUCGUAGUCCACGCUUGUGCUCUCCAGGUGGUCAUGUCGAGCCCGCCUGCCGCUGACGGAUCCUCGCCUGGCGCUGCAUCAGCAACAACUGCACCAUCCAUCUCCAUCACCGCUGGUGCUGUUUCGAGUGUGUCCUCUAGUGAUUCAUUGGCGGCGAAAGGCGUCAUCGAUGGCUUCGCCCCCCGGAAGUAUUCUGCGCCGUGGUGGGCCACAAACGACCACUUUUCGACUAUCUUUGGCUCAGGCGAGAUACAGAAGCGGUUCGGGGUCAAAGGUCCCGAGGUCGUUUACCGAAGGGAGAGGUGGAACACCCCGGACGGCGACUUCCUCGACGUUGACUUCUUAGACACCCCCGGGGGGCCGGCGGGGGGAGGGCUAGGAGGCGGGGGGGGACAAGGGGUGCGACGACAGGGGCCACCGCCACCGGGGGGUGGGCGACGGUUAGCGGCGGUGGCAACAGGAGCGGCGCCGGGCGGUGUUGUGAAUGGAGGGAGAGGCGGCGGUGAGGGAGGAACGGCGGCUGCUGUCCCGGCCGGUGACCCCGCUCUUGGAUUCGAAAGCGCCGUCGGCACGAGAGGGGUGGAUGCUUCUACCGCGCCGUUUGCGGUGCUUACUCACGGGCUGGAGUCGACGAGCACGGCACCCCUCACGGCGAAGAUGGCGCUAGCGUACCAGCGGAAGGGGUUUCGGGUUGCAGUCAUGUGCUUCCGGAGCUGCUCAGGGGAGGACAACCUCACCCUCCGCGCCUACCACCUCGGCUUCACGGAGGACCUCGAGCUUGUCUGCAAGACCCUCAGAGCGAGACAUCCCAACAGCCCGCUUUUCCUGUCGGGUUUCAGCUUGGGAGGGAAUGUGAUCACAAAGUUUUUGGGGGAACUGGGCGAUCGCGCGAGGGACAUGGGGAUCAUGGGCGGCGCCGUGACGUGCGUGCCCUUUGACGCCAUUUCCUGCCAGCAGAGAGUCGACACGGGCUUCGGCAAGAUCGUGUACGCGAAGAACUUCCUCAACAGCCUCAUCCCCAAGAUGAUGAGGAAGUCCCUUACGGACCCAAGGGUAGCGGAAGUCAUCGACCUCAAGAGGUUGCAGAGGAUCACAACAAUAGGCGAGUUUGACGACAUCGUGAUCGCGCCGGUGUUCGGCUUCGACGACUACCAGGACUACUACCGCAAGACGCAGUCCGGGCAAUUUCUUAAGGGCGUUCGAGUGCCCUUCUUGGUCGUGCAGGCGAUCAAUGACCCUUUCAUGGACCCUGCAAAGCUGCCAACAGUGGAUGACUUGCAGGGAGCCCCGGUUCGGCUAUCGUACCACGAGCACGGAGGCCACUGUGCCUUCCUUACGAACAGCCAGGAGGAGAAUGACAAGGGCUGGCUGGCCACCGAGAUGGCCAGGUUCGGAGACCACGUUCGCCGGCUCAGCAAAACCGAGCCUCCCACGGCAGACUAAACUCAGGCGCCUCCGGGUGGCUGACUGACUCGUUCCGGGCCGUGGUUGCCGAAGCGGCAACUCCGGCGGCGAUGACUGCGGCGUGGCAUGGAAUGACUCUGGCCCGCUUUCGGAUGUGCAGCCUACUGCUGCUGCGGAUGGUGAUCAAGAAGGAGGCGAUUUGCGCCGCUUGAACCCCCUGUAAAUAUUUUGGUUUGUCCUUUGACUCGGUAUCCUACCAUCAUGUUUGGAUUGUCCCUCUCCGUUCUUGCUGCAUGUGGCCAUCUCUUUUCGUCGCUGCUGGUUUGUGCGAGUUAAAUAGGCCAAGCACAAGAGUCACCCAAACCCACUUUUUCCGCGGAACGCACGCAGCUAAGCCGCCGUGCUGUGUUUUUUUUUCGCUUCAAUGCCGGUCACCUUAGAGCACCCGACUGCUUUGCGUUGUGCCUUCUGUUGAGAAUAUUAUCUUCAACCCACAAACAGCUUGACUGAAAAAAGGUGUGUGUUGUCGUGCCCAAGCAGGCGAUCCACGGCCGUCACACUUGUUCGAGUGUUGUCGCUGUCAAAACAUUCGGUCCCUCCAGACAAGUCCCCUCACGCAUUGUUUAGGGAUGUCCGCUGAGGAUUGUAUGUCAAUGCUGACUCCCGCUGCCAUUCAAGAUUGAUUCGUGGGACGUCGCCCAUCUGGUUUCUAUUUUGGCCCCUGCGGGCAGGCUCCAAAGC